CAUUGACGUAUGUAGUAGUUGAGGUACUCUAUAUUCGAUGAAAAAGAAGAAUGACAUUGACAACCCUACCUCCAACUCACCUUGUCAUCGUCUGUCACUUCUUUAUAAUUUGUCGUUGAAAAAGAUAGGGCUCCAAAGUCCUAUUGCCAACAAAAAACAACGCAAAACAUUAAACAACUUUUUUCAAGCCCAUCUGUAUUUAAAAAAACUGUGCGAAAAUGUUUCUGUGGGACUGGUUUACGGGAAUGCUGGGAUAUCUAGGAUUAUGGAAGAAAUCUGGAAAACUAUUAUUCUUAGGACUGGAUAAUGCAGGUAAAACUACCCUUCUACAUAUGCUCAAGGAUGACAGACUGGCACAGCAUCUUCCCACGUUACAUCCCACAUCAGAAGAGCUUUCCAUUGGUAACAUGAGGUUUACGACGUUCGAUUUAGGGGGCCACGAGCAAGCUAGGAGAGUUUGGAGGGACUAUUUUCCAGCAGUUGAUGCCAUAGUGUUCCUUGUUGAUGCCAACGACAGCUCAAGAUUUGUAGAAAGCCAGGAACAGCUAAAUGCCCUCCUCUCAGAUGAAACUCUUUCCAACUGUCCAAUACUUAUCUUAGGUAAUAAAAUUGAUCUCCCAGGUGCUGCUUCAGAGGAUGAACUACGAACUAGAUUUGGCUUGUUUGGUCAAACAACAGGCAAAGGCAAAGUAGCUAGAAAUGAUCUACCUGGUAGGCCUCUAGAACUAUUUAUGUGCUCUAUACUCAAAAGACAAGGUUAUGGAGAGGGAUUCCGUUGGUUGGCACAAUAUAUUGAUUAAUUAUGUAUUUUUCCAUUUCGUUCUGUCAUUGAGUUAGGAUAUUAAUGUUUGAGGAACUAUUGGCAACACUGCAACUAUCUGAUUCCUUUCAGAUCUUACAUAGUUUACAUAAAUAUUGUUUUUGUAAGUGACUUACCACUGUUUGUUGGAAGAAUCUUGUAGGAUCUGUGAUUUAUAAAUUCAGAUUUGUUGGCAAUGUAAAUUUGAACAUCAUUACAUGCAUUCAAUGUAAAUUAUAUAUUUUUAGUUAGGUUACCUUCUUAAACAGUGUUUGAGAGGCUAUGGUACUGAAAUAGUUUGACUUUUGUGUUCUUUGAUAACUAAAAAUGUUUUUUUAUUGAAAUUUACCCUCAGAAUUACAUUGUUAACUGCUUAGUCGCUAGUUGUCAAGAUUUCCAUUUUGAAACGAUUGUUUUGUAAAUUAAGUGGGAUUUUUAAAAUGUUGGACUGUUUUUUAAGAUGCCUUUUCAACUUUUGUUACAAAGAAUGUUUUGUCCAGUUAUAAAUGUUUUAUUUAACUAGUGACUCUUUAUAGGUUGUGUUAAUAAUAGU